AACGUUUCCAGUGCUGCUCUGAGGACUUGGGGCUUGGAGUUCCUGGACCAUCAGCCUUGUGAGCAACCAGAAGGGUCCCUGGAAUUCCAUUGCCUAGUUUCCCACGUGUGGAGAAACCAUGACCGGCGCCCGCAGUGAGGAGUUUGACUGCUGCUUCCUGGAUGAAGGCUUCACAGCCAAGGACAUCCUGGACCAGAAGAUCAACGAGGUCAUGUCCUCUGAUGACAAGGAUGCCUUCUAUGUCGCAGACCUUGGGGAUGUUCUCAAGAAGCAUCUGCGCUGGCGGAAAGCUCUCCCUCGAGUCACCCCCUUCUAUGCAGUCAAGUGCAAUGACAGCAGAGCUAUUGUGAAGACCCUCGCCGCCAUCGGGACAGGAUUUGACUGCGCGAGCAAGACGGAGAUCCAGCUGGUGCAGAGUCUCGGGGUACCCCCGGAAAGGAUCAUCUACGCCAACCCCUGCAAGCAGGUGUCACAGAUCAAGUAUGCCGCCAGCAGUGGGGUCCAGAUGAUGACCUUCGACAGCGAAGUCGAGCUGCUGAAAGUGGCCCGAGCACAUCCGAAGGCCAAGUUAGUCUUACGGAUCGCUACUGACGACUCCAAAGCUGUCUGUCGCCUUAGUGUGAAAUUCGGUGCCACGCUGAAAACCAGCAGACUCCUUUUGGAACGGGCAAAAGAGCUACAUAUCGAUGUCAUUGGUGUCAGCUUCCACGUGGGGAGUGGCUGCACUGACCCCGAGACCUUUGUGCAGGCUGUGGCGGACGCACGCUGUGUCUUUGACAUGGGGGCUGAGGUCGGCUUCCACAUGUAUCUGCUUGAUAUUGGAGGGGGCUUUCCUGGAUCCGAGGAUGCAAAGCUCAAGUUUGAAGAGAUCACCAGUGUGAUCAACCCUGCACUGGACAAAUGCUUCCCGGUGGACUCAGGUGUGCGGAUCAUAGCUGAGCCUGGCAGGUACUACGUGGCGUCGGCGUUCACCCUUGCGGUGAACAUCAUAGCCAAGAAGCUGGUGCUGAAGGAGCAGGCUGGCUCGGACGAUGAGGAGGAGGCGAGCGAGCCGACCUUCAUGUACUACGUGAAUGAUGGUGUGUACGGCUCGUUCAACUGCAUCCUGUAUGACCACGCACACGUGAGGCCGCUGCUGCAGAAGAGACCCAAGCCCGACGAGAAGCACUACUCAUCCAGCAUCUGGGGCCCCACGUGCGACGGCCUGGACCGCAUUGUGGAGCGCUGCGACCUGCCCGAGCUGCAUGUGGGUGACUGGAUGCUUUUCGAGAACAUGGGCGCCUACACCGUUGCUGCGGCCUCCACCUUCAACGGCUUCCAGAGGCCAACCAUCUACUAUGUGAUGUCGCGACCGACGUGGCAGCUUGUGCAGCGUGUCCGGAGCCACAGCUUCCCACCCGGGGUGGAGGAGCAGGAUGUCGGGCCCCUGCCUGUGCCCUGUGCCCGGGAGAGCGAGAUGAAGGGGCACACAGCGGCGCGUGCCUCCACCAGCAUCAAUGUGUAGCCGCCUGGAGCCACGAGCAUGGAGCUCAGCUCCAUCCGCUUCGUCACUGCUAGUUCUGGGCGACUUCACAAGAGUGGGGCCGGCACAGCGUAGCCACAUGGAGACUAGGAGACAGUCACACUUAUCUGUGUUCCUAUGGAAACUAUUUGGAUAUUUGUUUUAUAUGGAUUUUUAUUCACUUUCACACGCUACGAAAGAGGGCCCGCAACUGCCAAGCAAGCAUUUGUAGCUUGUGCUACGGUAGUGUGGGCUGAAAGCUUAGUGUCGUGACCUGUUUUAAAAAUAAAGCCAUCUUGAAAGAA